AUGGCGACGGCCCUGUCUUCGCGCGCUGCCCCUCCGCAGGGGCUGCAGGGCCACCUGCCUCUGCCUGCUCAACUGUCCAGUCUCCGUGCCUUCUCCUCCCUCAGCGCGCCUUCCCGACGUCUGUCUUCGCGAUAUUUCUGCGCGCUUGCCUCUCUUCAACAGCCUUCAGCCUCUGCCUCCGCGCCUCGCGGCCCCUUCCCCGCCGGCAGAGCUCCUUCCGCGCCUCGCCGACAGACACAGGCUGCGACCAAGUCGGGCUCUCUGUCAGCAGGCUCCCUUGCCGCGGCUGGCUCACGUGCAUCUUCCUUUGUCUCGUCUUCGUUUGCCGCUGCGUCGCGCCUCUUCGCAGCUUCGUCUCCGCCUUCGUGCUCUUCUCCCGCGGCCUGCGCGCCUGCGACGCGUAUGCCCCCUCUGUCACGCGAGGUCCUGAGGCGUGAGAGCGAGCGUCGGCGUGCUGCAGCGUCUCUGCCGUCGCCUUCGCGGUUUCCAGUGCCCGCGGCCUCAUCGCCGCCUCCCUCUGCGCCUCUGUCUCUCUCCGCGUUCUGUUUCGCCUCUCGCGCGUUUUCGCAGUCCGUAGGCGCGCAGGCGAGCGGGGCGGAUGAGGACGCGAGGAGAGAGGAGAAGAGUUAUGUCUCGAAGAACUUCAAGGCUGCCCUCGUGCGCAUGCAGUGGCCUGCGAUGCGCCAGGAGAUGAUUCGCUUCUUCGAGGCUCAGAACGCAAUCGCCUUUGAGAAAGUCGCCAAGCCCCAUCCCGCCGCGCGCUCCGCAGCGGCGCCUGCAUCCGCCUCGGCGUCGCCUUCUGCUGCAGCGGCGGGACGGAGGAUGGACGCGAACGCCGAGCGCGAGUUGGAGGCGGAGGCCGCGGAGAAGGCCCGCGCAGAGGAGGAUAAGCGCGGCAAGAUGAGCUUCGCUGAGAUGGUAGUGGGCAGCGCACGCAGCUCGUGCGGAAUCCUCGGCAAAGGCCGCUCGUCCGCCGUCACAGUCGAGUGUCGGCGCUGGGAGCGGUUCGUGCGGAAAGAAGACAUUCAGCGCGCGGGCUACGUUCCCUGCGUCGUGGAGAAGUACGGCGUGGAGCGCCGCCUCGCGAUUGAACGCAGAGCCAUCGAGGCCCUUGCAUUCGAAGAAGCCCAUGGGCAUCUCUCUCACUUGUUUCAGGCGCGCCUUUUUCGGCUUCGCAUCGGGUCCAUCAUUGAGGAGUGCAUCGCGACCUUUGUCCAGGCUGAUGCGGUCGCGCGGCGGCUGUACUUUGUGAAAUUCGAGCGCCACGUCCCCGGGAAGAUCUCCGAGGUGGAUGUGCCCACGACGAUGGUCGGCUUGCUCGCUUGCCCCGCCUACCAAAAAGGCUACCACGUGGAACUCGUCAUGCCAACGAUUCGCUGCCAGUGCGUCGGCGAGGAUAUUCCGCCCCCGUUCUUCAUCGACGUCUCGCGCCUCCACUACGCUCCCCCGUAUACAGCAGUCACCCUGCAGGACUUGCAGCACCUCCUUCCUCAAGACGGCAGCGCGCGGUUCCAUCCCGCAUACACGCCCUCCAAACAGGAAGUGGUGUGGGCGUAUGAAGUGGGCACGCUCCCCGACGCGCCUCUUCCGACGGAGUACGUGGAUCCGAACUUCGUCAACAGAAGAGGCCAGAAGAUGGAUGUUGCUUUCCGCCCGCACUUCCCCAAUUGA